GGGCUCGGUCUCGAAGAGGUUAAAGCGUGUCCCGGUGGGCUGAAACCCCGGAGCUUCAUGGGAUGCCUUAUAAAGCACGCUCCGCCGGCCCGGCAGCGGCUCCGGGAGCUCCCGGUACGUGCGGACCUGCCGCCGCCCCGCUGCGCUAUGGAGCCUCCGGGCACGGCCGGUGCACCGGGAGCGGCGGGGCGGCCCUGGGACGAGGCCAAGGCUUUCUACGACAAUCUCGCCCCCAAGAAGAAACCCAAAUCGCCCAAGCCUGAGAAUGCCAUCACCAUUGCGGUGUCCUCCCGGGCACUCUUUCGCAUGGAGGAGGAGCAGAAGAUUUACACCGAGCAAGGGGUGGAGGCCUAUGUGAAGUACCAGCUGGACCAUGAGAAUGAGCCCUUCCUCCCUGGGGCUGCCUUCCCCUUCGUCAAGGCACUGGAAGCAGUGAACACUCAGCUGCGGGAGCUCUACCCUGACAGCGAGGAGCUCUUCGACAUCGUCCUCAUGACCAACAACCAUGCCCAGGUUGGGGUUCGUUUGAUCAACAGCAUCAACCACUAUGGUCUGUUCAUUGAGAGGUUCUGCAUGACAGGAGGGAACAGCCCCAUCUGUUACCUCAAGGCCUAUCACACCAACCUCUACCUCUCCUCUGACGCCGAGAAAGUGAGUGGGGCCAUUGAAGAGGGGAUUGCUGCAGCCACCAUCUUCAGCCCCAGCAGAGACCUGGAGGUGUCCGAGAGCCAGCUGCGGGUGGCGUUCGAUGGCGACGCUGUGCUCUUCUCUGAUGAGUCGGAGCAGAUCGUGAAGGCUCACGGCUUGGACAAGUUCUUUGAGCACGAAAAAGCUCAUGAGAACAAACCUCUGGCACAGGGCCCCCUGAAGGGCUUCCUGGAGGCCCUGGGGAAGCUGCAGAAGAAGUUCUACUCCAAGGGGCUGAGGAUGGAGUGUCCCAUCCGUACCUACCUGGUGACCGCCCGCAGCGCCGCCAGCUCGGGCGCCAGGGCCCUAAAGACUCUGCGCAGCUGGGGGCUGGAGACUGACGAAGCUUUGUUCCUGGCUGGGGCUCCCAAGGGUCCCCUGCUGAGGAAGAUUCGUCCUCACAUCUUCUUUGAUGACCAGAUGUUCCACGUGGAGGGAGCCAAGGAGCUGGGCACUGUGGCUGCCCACGUCCCUUAUGGCAUUGCCCAGAAGCAGAAGCGGCCGGCGCAGGAGAAGCAGACCCCGAACAGCAAGUAG